CUGCAGUGCCCUCCAAUGGUGUUACGGCUAAUGUUGUUACAUCGGCGCUCUGCACCUAAAACACUCUCUGCAGUUUGCCUUCUUGACACACCUUUUGUUGUCUCGUCUAGCUAGAGUCGGCCAACGGUUGCUAGCGAGCAUCAGCAGCCUCAACCAACGUAACGUGAAGUUGGGGCAAAAGAGUACCUCUGAAGCCGAGGGAGCCGAGAAGUGACGCGGCCGACACCCUGCCAGGAUGAGUGGUGAUGGUAUGAACCCAGCUGCAGUGGCUCAGCCAGUAGAGGAUGUACAAGGAGAUGACCGGUGGAUGUCACAGCACACCAGAUUUGUGCAGGAGUGUAAGGAUGCUGAACCAGACGUGCUUUUUGUAGGAGAUUCUAUGAUACAACUAAUGCAGCAGUAUGAGGUCUGGAGGGAGGUGUUCUCCCCUCUUCAUGCGCUCAACUUUGGCAUCGGAGGGGACACCACCUGUAAUGUGCUGUGGAGGCUACAGAAUGGAGAGCUGCAGAACAUCCGUCCCAAGGUGGUGGUGUUGUGGGUGGGAACCAACAAUCAGCAACACACAGCAGAGCAAGUUGCAGGAGGAAUUCUUGCUAUUGCGCAGCUGCUCACCUCCCGCCUCCCCAAGGCAAAGAUAGUUGUACUGGGCUUGUUGCCUCGAGGUGAGCGACCCAACCCCCUGAGGCAGAAGAACGCGGCGGUUAACGACUUCCUGCGCUCCUGGCUGCCCCGACUGGGCCAGGCUCUGCUCUUGGACGUGAGCGGGCACUUCGUCCACUCCGAUGGAGCCAUCAGCCCACAGGACAUGUUUGACUUCCUCCACCUGACGCCGACAGGUUACCGCACCAUGGCCAAGCCCCUCAGCGACCUGCUGCUGCAGAUGCUGGAGGAGAAGCCAGAGGAGAAGCGGGCGUCGCAGGUUUAAGGGCCGUGGCCGAGCAG